UGAAAUGUUUCUUAUAGUUGGUUCACAUUUGUUUGGAGCAGUGAAUUGAGUGCCGAUGUGUGUUUUGCCUGCGCGUGAGGGGCGUGGACGCGUCCUGCCCAGAGCGCACAGUGCGCGUACAGCAGGCGCAACACACAGCAGUGCGCGCCGCGCAACUCCAAAACAAACAAAAAAUGGGGCUUGAAAAAGAAAAAAUGGAAACCAGCGUCAUUAUGGAUGAGGAUGAAUUCAAUAGAUCGAUUGAACCUAUACUGGGGGGGAAACCGCACGUGUAUUCAGAAGUCCAGGGCAGAGAUCCUAAAGAUAUUAACGCGCACCUAAAGGUUGGUUUUGAAGACAUCAUUGCUGAACCCAUCUCCACGCACAGCUUUGACAGAGUGUGGAUCAGCAGUCAUGCUGUGUUUGAGCUGGUGAAAUUCAUCUUCUACCGGAUCCUCACCACGUUUCUGGCCAUUCCCAUGGCAUUCAUUGCAGGGAUUGUUUUCGGGAUCCUCAGCUGUAUACAUAUUUGGGUGGUGAUGCCAGUGAUCCAGGGCUGCAUGAUGACACUGCCCUCCAUCCACGUGAUCUGGACCAGCCUGAUGGACAUGUUCAUUGGGCCGUUCUUCUUCAGCAUUGGACGGUGCUUGUCGUCCAUUAAUGUCAAAACUGUGCAAAACUGAGCAAAUCUAACUCAGCAUAGAAGUGUUGCAGAAUCUGUUUGUCACAAUGUUGUGGCCUCCUUUUGGAGGAUUAUUAGCUGAAGGAUUAUUUAUCCUUGACUUCUGAAGCCCAGAGAAGAGAAAUACGUUUUCUUUCUUUCAAUGCACAGUUGCAAUAUUCAUUCCGUUGUUUUGGCACUGACACAUCAGCCUCGUAAUGCUGACAUGCUUUUUCAGUUCUGUUAAGUCUAAUUAAGCUUUUGUUAUAUAUAUAUAAUGCAAGACUUUUCAAAGAUUAUAAUGUAAUGAUUGAGAUUUUAGACUUAAAGGAAUAGUUCACCCAAAAAUGAAUAUGUGCUGAAAAUGAAAUCACC